GAUAGCCCGGUUUACCUGUAAGGUCAAUAAUUAUUUAUUAUUAUUAUUAUGAUUAAUGUUAACAUACAAUGAACCCUCACUUGGAUGAAUCACAGAUGACUCACCCAGACAAACACGCCCUCCUGAAAUCCGAGAUGUUAGUUUGGAGAGUUGGAUAACGUAAGCCCCAGAAAAAAAGAAAGAAAAAAGAGAAAAAAAAGAAGGGUGGUGCCUCUUAUGUCACGAAGUUUAGGCUCCAUACCUGAACGAACGGAAAGCUUGUGGCCAUGGGGGACGUGGCUAAAGGGAAGAAGGUGUUUGUAUUGAAAUGUUCCCAGUGUCACACUGUGGAGGAAAGUGGAAAACACAAAGUAGGGCCAAACCUGUGGGGUUUGUUUGGGAGGAAGACAGGACAGGCACCGGGCUUUUCUUAUACACGGGCAAAUAUUGACAAAGGUAUUAUAUGGAGUGAAGAGACUUUGAUGGUCUACCUUGAAAACCCAAAGAAAUAUAUUCCCGGUACCAAGAUGAUCUUCGCUGGUCUCAAAAAGAAAAGAGAGAGACAGGAUAUCAUUGCAUAUUUAAAGGAUUCCACCUCACCCAAAUAGACGCACGACAACUGCACAUGUAUUCUGUAGCUGUGGACAAUUUGAUCAAGAUUCUGUUGAACUACAAUAUUAAACUAUUGAUCACAUAAAAAUGUCUACUACUGGU